AUGGCAGGGUGGUUAGAUCUCGUCUCGGACUCCACAGGCUGGACCUUGGUAGACACUGGACGAUUGGAUGAUCUAAUACAAGAAAUGAGCCACCCCAGUACCCAAUUUCCUUCGGUCGUAUAUUUUGCAGGAAAUGGCAGCCGGGUCAAGGCGCUUCGCGCCCUCUUCCCAUACAACAACAUUACUCGCAGAGGAUCAGCUGGUCUGGCUCGACUGCAUUUGAGCACAAGAACUGCAAACACCGAGCAUCCUGUUCUUUUAGUGGAAAGCAGCAUAUCCAGUGUUUCCGGGGUCGGUGAAUGCGAUCUGCGCCGCUGGUCAUCGGACAAUCUUCGACGAUAUCACAUUCUUCAAGACCGGUCUCGACGAGUAUCGGAGAUGCAGCAGCAAGUUAUUUCGCAGAUGCUCUUGCCAUGGACAAAUCUGUUCUGUGUAUUCGUAGAUACUAACUCUGAGAUUCGCGACGCCUGUCAGCUCCUCAAAAGAUACCACCGGACUGUCACAAUCGGCUCCGAGCCCACGGCAGAUUCAAUGCGUAUUGUGAUAGUUCUUACAGCUGCUCAAGAUUCUGAAAUUGGUGAUAUUUCUGAAGUUUCCCAUGAGUUUCAGUCGGCUGGGAUAACUGGUGUGAAUAUCACAAUCCUAGACCUACGUGAUCGGUAUGAGUUAUCCCCAACAGCAGCUUUUGAGCCAUUGCGCAGUCUCAUCUUGAAUGGAACACGAGACAUCCGGGCAGAACAGAGCCGCCAAGGGUUAUCUUUCUCGGCUACACACUUAAAUACCCUCUGGACGCGAACCCUGCGCCUAGAAAUUGGGUCCUCGGACGCUACUGUUUUGGACUGCCUUGAAGUUGCGCGGGAGAAUCACCGGCUGCAUAAUAUUCAGACAGAAUGCUUAUUCGAGUUCAUAAACCAAGCAAACAGUCACGCUUAUUCCCAAGAUGGAAUUCAUAAUUUUAUUGCAUCGGCGUUGUUGAUGAAUGCCUACCCACCUGGAAUGCAUGGCUUUCAUCCAGGCAUCGUUUUUAAUACUCUUUAUCGCUGGCACUGUUUGGAAGCAUGGCGUACUCUGGGGAAUAACGACGAGGACCAACAUUGCAAUGCCGUGUUUGCUGAUUUUACGCGGCUCUUCCGUUCAAUGGGUCCAAGCAGGUCCUCUGCAAGUAUCAGAAGGGAUUCAUUACAUACUUAUUACCUUCAAUGUAAUGGGUCAAGUUCAACAACGACUUGUUUCUUUUGCUUGUGUCGAUCACCAGAACAUAUGCUAGGGUGCCGGCAUGCAAUCUGUGAUACCUGCGUUGUGAUUUUUGGGACUCCAAACAAAAGCGCUGAAUAUCGCUUUGACAUUAUGAAGUGUCCGUUAUGCCACAAUACUUCUCAUCUGACGAUCCGUCAACUACCGCCCACGAAACGACCCCUGGUGCUUAGUUUGGACGGUGGUGGGAUCCGAGGCAUCAUUCAGCUGGGUCUCCUACGUGCACUGGAAAAGCGACUUGGGCAUGGAAUGCGCAUACAUGAUGUAUUUGAUCUAUCUGGAGGGACAAGCAUGAACUCGUUCGUGCGAUACUGGCCACAGGCUUUUUAUUCUUCGAAUUGGACGAAAUACCUAUCAAAAAGCAAGGAAGCUUCUAUUGUGAAGGUUCAAUUCUCUGUUCAAGUCAUGAUGCUGGUCAUUUGA